AGUCCAAAUCGUGCGCACAGUGACAGCGGCUUUAAGACAGGAGGAGGUGUGUGCGCGCCUGAUCGUCACACACAGCGCACACAGUGUGGAUUUAAUAAGGCGUCCACAUGUCAGGGAUCAGGUAAUUUAUCCGAGUAAAACAGUCCGAGAGAGGCAGGACAGAGGGGAUUCGGCGGCGGCUCCGGAGAGCUGUCACUGUCCCCGUGUCUCUGUGUGGGUGCGCACCAGGAUUAUCAUUACGCACGUUAUGCGGAGCGCAGUUCUGAUGCGCUCAGUCGUGAGAGGUGCAGCGGGGAGCUGCGAGUGUCAGUCCGGGCAUCCAGCGGCAUAAUCAGCGCAAUAUCUGGAGAAGGAGAUCCGGCUGUUAUGGGGACACAGUGUCUGCACAUCACAGGAUUUCGACUCACAUCUUCUUUAUUUUGACGAAGGCUCCGUCUUUGUUGCAGAGCGCAAGCCAGAGAUGCGCACCGCUGAACAAAGGAUUUAGGGGCAAACGAUAAAGAAUCUCUUCCACAUUUUAAUCCUCACACCCUCGUUGCGUUACGUCGCCCCUGUUUGGACUCGUGUUCAUGCACAUUGUGCCUCUGAGGACAACGGACACGGGCUGAAUAACCGGGUUCCUCCGGUGUGAAGCCUGGAGCAGAGAAUCAUCUGGGCUCAUCGCACACAGCUCCAUGUGGAUGGAGAGAGAAUACGCAAACACGGCGAGCAGGGCUCAUUCCGAAAUGUGACAUUUUUUAAAAUUCUGCCUCCCAUCAAGCCUGACAGCUGUGCAUCCGUCUUCAUCCUAGAUCACAUUUGUUUACAUCGAUCCAGAGAUGGCGUUCCUCCCAGUCCUCCUCCUGCUGCUGUUGGCUGUUUCUCAUCGUGCUAGCAGUCAAAAUUCGGAUCCCGAGACCCUCCCAAGAGGCUGUGGCUGGGGCCUGGUGCGUCCCUACACCCUCCUCUGUGACCUGGACUCCAUAUGGGGCGUGGCCGUUGAGUCCGUGGCUGCUGGCGGGACUCUGGCCGCCAUCUUGCUGGCCCUGGUGCUGCUGUGCCGUUUACGCCACAUCAGCGAGGCCGAGAAGCGGAGCGGCGUGGGACCCAUCCUCCUGCUGCUCCUCGGCAUCCUCGGCUUGUUCGGCCUGAGCUUUGCUUACCUGAUCGAGCAGGACGAGUCGCUGUGUCUCCUCCGCAGGGCUUUGUGGGGUCUCCUGUUCGCCGUCUGCUUCUCCUGCCUGCUGGUUCAGGGCGUCCGUCUGCGCAGGCUGGGCCGGGAGCGCCGGAGCCCGGGCGGCUGCGCCCUCACGGGCCUGGCGUUGGGUUUGAGCGCCGUGCAGGGCAUCAUCGCUGCCGAGUGGCUGCUUCUGACUGUGCUGAGGGAGGGAAGAGCUGCCUGUCAGUAUCUGCCUCUGGACUUCUCACUAGCCUGUAGCUACGUGCUCGCCCUGCUACUGGCCGCGCUGACUGCCGCCUCCCUGGCCCUCUGCGGGAAGACACGUCAGUGGCGCUGCAACGCCAUCUGGCUGCUGCUGACCUGCCUGUUGUCGCUGCUGCUGUGGGUGGCCUGGGUGGGCUUCUACCUGUACGGCAACGCCUGGCUCGGCAGGUCCCCGGACUGGAACGACCCGGCGCUGGCGAUCGCUUUAGUGGCUCAGGGCUGGCUGCUGCUCAUCUUCCACGCCAUCCCCGAAUCCCACAUCUGCCUGAGGCCCCCGCCGCAACCCACCGCCCCCGAUUACUUCGACACAUCCCAGAACUCGACACGGAUGAGGGAGACGAGCUUCGAUGAAGACAUCCCUCUAUCUCACAGGCAGUUUGUGGAGAACCAGGGCUACGGAUACAACGACGAGAACACUGCAGGUUUGAGGAGCGGUGGCGGCGCCGGGCAACACAACAGCAACACCGGUGCCAGGCCCAGUGCUCCUUUCCGUAGCAACGUCUACCAGCCCACCGAAAUGACCAUGAUCCUGAACGGGGGAGCGGUGCCCUCCGCCCCUCCCACCUACACGGGGAGGCAACUGUGGUGAGCGAGAGGUUUGGAAAGAGGAUGUGUGAUAGAAAAUGAAGAGAAGAAGAGGAUGGAGAGGGUGAGGAGGGAGAGGUCCAGGACAAGGAGCCCGUCCGCUUGGAUUGGACUUAACAGCACGGAUGCCUGCAGGGCCCUUUGACUGUGUGUACAGACUUUAACACUGACUGUGUGCCAAUCAACUACUGUGUGAGUGUGUGUGAGACUGAGAGGACGUAGGGUAUGGAGGACAGAGCUAAAGCUUUUCUAGCACACAAGUCUCAAUAGAAGAGUUUGAAAACUUGAAACGUGACCAGCAAGUAGCAAAACAAAAGAGCUGCUGACUCCGAUCUGAAAAUAUCAACAUGCAGUAUUCGUUCCCUCGGUUUGAUUUGCUCCUCCGACUCCGCAGCUUCGUAAGGCAUCCUCGAAAACUGUGAAAAUCUAUCGCUCUUUCCUGCUCUAUCUCUCUUCCUGUCAGGAAGGAUGUCUUUUCUGCUGCUUCUCACAAUGCUGGCGCUCAAGUGGAAACAUUUGGCUCUGUCCUCCAUCCAUCCACGGCGUAGGUGACGGCAGAGCACGUGGGCGACUGUGCAGCUCGAGCACCGCCCUCCUAGAAACAAGCCAGCCUCUGUGGGUGUGCAUGAGGGAGCGUGUGAAUACCCCACAACUCGCCCACUCCAGCAAACCCUCCCUCUCUCCAGACUGUUACCCCGACAGCUUUUUCCUCCCUCUCCCUCUCCGGCUCCGCAUCUCUCUGUGAAUACAACACAUAACUCCUCUCACCUUGCGUCAUCCUCCCACCUGCAUGGACACUUUGCAAACACAAAACUGUGAAGCCCGAACUGGAAAAGAAGUUCCCAGUGACCGCGGUGACGACGAGAGCAGCGUGGAGCACCUGGGCGGAGGGAAGCUGCUAGUGAACUGCUGCUAGAGGUGCGAUGGAGCGGGGUGGUCUGUGAUUGGACGAGGAGGGCGUCAGUCACCAGCGGGGCGGCGCCGCCUCGUGAAUCUAGGUCAGACUGCUGUGCUCUCCCACAUCUCCGAUGGCCACUGGCGGUUUGAAGCAGCCAGGAGAAACUGUCACUUUAUAUCAGCAGGAAACGGAGCGAGGAAGUGAAAUGGUCUCCCGCUCGUAGUUCCUCUGUCUGUGUUUGUGUGUGCGUACGUGAGUGUUGUGAUUUCAUGAGUGUCGGCGGCGAAAAUUCAAAGUCCAAGUUGCUCUCUGGUGCUAAAUAUUCCUCCACACGACCCUCCAGUGAGGCACAGAAACAACACUUUUAUAGAUACAGUAGUCAAACUGUGAGUGACAGACUAUAUAUGUAUAUAUAUAUAUAUAUAGAGCUGUGGCUCCUGUGUGCAGAGAUUCUAGAGCCUUAGGAGGAUCAGAUUUACAGUGCAAGGUAGAAAGAGGAGGAUCAAACAUGAGAGGAGGAGGAAGGAGAGACGGUCUGAGGGGAGUCUGUGACGGUAAAAUCUUCUUUCUCCAAUCUGUGCGAGAAAAUGGCUGCCUGGUCUGUGUGUGUCUGUGAUGUGGAGGCGGCCGUGUUGCUCUGUGUGGUCGUCUUCUUUAUCUGGCCGAGCGUCUCUCCCUCCUCCUCCCGUCUCUCUGUGGUCGGCUAUAAUUCAAGUCCCAGUGCCAAGAAGGACUCUUGUUUCACUGGAGUCUCCGUUUCACGCCCUUCUCCCUCCAUCGUGACACCAGCUCUCGCUCUCACCCGAGAAGCUGUGUACAUAAUAGUGCUGUAAAGCGUUGCUUGCUUGUUUACUUUUUUCCUUUUUUUUUUUUAACUGUAGGCUGAGUUUAGACACCAGUGACACGCUGGGAAACUGACCACUGCAAACUGAUUCUCUCUCUCUCUCUUUUUUUAAGCUGGUUUGCUUUAUGUUCAUGAAUUUGCUUGUUGUUACAUUAAGCUUUUAUUUUUCUCUUGCUGGUGUCUUUUAUUUUUUAAACUAGCAUUUUGGAAACGUUCUGCCAACACUAGAUAUGCUUUUAUUUUAUUUUUUUGUUUGUUUGAUUAAUGUUGAAGGAAAUCAUGAUGAGGAUUUACGUUGGCUGUACCUCCUAAUCUCAGUCCAGACAGGGGUCCGUUACGGGGAUUCAAACACACUUAUUUUGAAAUUUUCAGAAAAACGACUAUGGCUGUGAAUAAUUUUGGCACUUCAUGCGGUAAACAGUAUUCUGUGAUACUUUGGGGACAGCUAGCAGGGAGGGCAGAACAAACUCACUUCUAGCCCACCAACAGUCAGUCCAGUGACCCCGGAUCUCACAUCAGCCCUCGACUAAGAAAAGAUUAGGGGUCAGCCGUCGACUGCUGCUGUAUGUUUAUGUCUCACACACUGGCUAUUCUAAAAUAGGACUGGUACUUGCAUGCCAGCUUCAUGCCCAAAGACAGCUUGUCCUGCUACGCCAGGCUCUGUUUGGGCCGACGCUGGUCGGAUCCAUGCGAGAUGAAGCGUCCUCAGGGUUUGGGAUGGUCAGCAGUGAAGGGACGACGGGAGGUUUCAGUUCUUGUGAUGUUUUCACUCAAUGUGGAGUACAAAAAAAAAAAAAAAUAACAUGAUGUGACUUCGUAGAUUUUGCACUUGUCGACUACCUAUCUGUGCAUGCUUAUCACCAUUUCUACAUAUAAGACCUUUCUCAGACGUACUUUUGAAUACUAACUCUAUUUAUGUAAAGGUCCUGUGACAGCAAUCAUAAUUUCAGUGUAUAUCAGAUGACACACUUAAUGUCUGUGCUUUCUUAAACACAAAAGAGAGCUGGUUCUUGAGAAGCAAAGAGAUUAAAAUCAGGGGAAAUGGUCCAAAAUAGUUUGAUUCCCCAAAAAGGAAUGAAAUGCCAUCAACACUGGACCUAAAAAUAACUUCCUCUGUUAGUUUGAAGACUUGAGGGAAAGAAAAAAAAAAAAGAGAAAAUCUUCCGACUGAUAUUGUCUCUGUGUUUAAAAUCAAAUAGACUGUGGUGAAAUUUGCACAAAACUUCUAUGUUAAGUUUGUCUUUCCCUGGGUAGCCCAUCUGAACACCCAUCCUCCCUGGGGUUGACAUGUCCUUGCCUGUCCUCUUCUGAUUCGUCUUGCCUUCAGACUGUUCCAGCGGGGCAGCUGACAGGGGCAAUAUUGGUUUUCACAGCUAUGACUGUGCGGUGACGCAGCAUGCCUAUGUAUAGAACUUGAUUCCCCUGAUUAGAAAAAGAAAAAAGAAGAAAAAAAAAACAACAACAACAGUUAACUCUCUUGUUUCUGUAACUGAUUCAGGAAAAAAAAAAAAAAAAAAAAAAGUUCAAUAAAAGUGUCAUGUUUGUAGUUAACUUUU